AUGAAACUAUCUCUGUGGAUCAGCCUCGCUGUGUCUCUGAUUGGCCUCCGUCCGGCUGCCGCUCGGGAUGAUUUCCCCGGAGGUUACCCCUCGAGCCCCCCGCCACUUGGCCCUAGUGACUGGGAACGCACGCCCUUGUCGGUGUUCUCGAAGGUUCUCAACACUCAGCCGGAUCCCGACUAUGAUCUCUUGAAGGAGCUGGUUACCUAUGACUGCACCUACAUCUCGCUGACGUUCGACAAUCCCACCCUCCACGGUAUCAUGCCCUGGGCGGGCACGCACGCGAACGUGGGUCCGCAGGCCUUCAUCGACAUCUUUACCCGAGUAGGCCUGUAUUGGGACCGGGGCCCGUUUACCACAGACCAUAUCUUUGGUGAUGGCGAAAAUGUGACAGCCUGGGGCUCAUUCACGGCCACGUCGCGCACGCUGGGAAAGACGGUUAUUUCGCCCUGGGCUGCUCGGGCGCGGGUGAAUGCAGCCAACCAGAUCUUCGAAUUUCAGUGGAUGGAAGACACCUUUACCACUGCUUCAUCCUUUGGGUCGGAGAAUAGUACCAAAGUGUUUUAUUCCAAUCCGCAGGGAGGCACCACCAAGGCCUAA